UUCAGCUGGUCAACCUGCGGUCACACUGCACAGAACUCUUUGAAAUGUGAAAUUUUCGGUCGGAUGAAAUCUGGUGGAAAAAUAUAAAGCAGCAGCAGCAGCAGCAUCUGUGCCUGUUCUGGAAUAGCACGGCUAAUUGGAUUUGGUGGCACUGCAUCAUCUCCAGAAGGAAUUCAGAGGCAAAAGAAGACCACCAGGAGGAGGAGGAACAGCACCCAAACCCAAGCCAGCUUAAUUGGCUUAGGCGACGGUUGUUGUUGUUGUCGGCCCUCACUGUCAAUGUUGGACAAGGUAGUGUGAAAUGGGUGUGAAUUUCUACACCAAAAGGAUCAAGAAUACAAGCAGCUUCAAGUGUUAGAAAAUUUUAAGGGGACAGUCCUGCAGACCGGAGAUUUCUCCUGUUCCUCCCCCAUCCCCCCAAAAGAUGAAUUCCACAAUGGAAUCUCCAACCACAAAGCCGAUGCGUUCCAAAAAGCGACGACUGCGUCGAAGGCGCCAGAUCGCCUAUUUGGCCAUAUGUGGUAUAAGUGUGGCCAUUUUUGCCAUUGCACUGGCCACGCUCAUUAAGCCAGCUGCCGGUCAAGAUGAUGCUCCACCUGAGGAGGGUUCACCACCAGACGAAGGAGCGGGUUCACCACCAGAUGAAGGAACGGGUGCAGCAGGUGGUGAACCACCAGCAGAUGGAGCACCGGCUGAUGCACCAGGAACUUCAGGGCAGGGUGACUCAAACAAACCGCCGUCGUCUCUUAAUGGACCGUGGCGUGAAGGUUACUCGGGCGAUGGCACCACCCACGAACAGAUUGGUCAACCUCAUUGGGCGCCCGUAGAGUACACACCUUACCGGCCAACGACGAACUAUUCCGAAGAUCCGCCACAGCCCACAUCGGCCAUGAACCCCAUCUAUAACUUUACGCACUUUAUAUUCGACAAGGUGCUGUACACCAAUAGUAGCUUUCCGCCAGGAUAUAUUACGAUAAAGGAUGGGAACACGCUGCAACUGGGACCGAAAGUAAUAACCAAUGAUUGGCGGGAUCUGUUGGCUCAUUAUUGGUUGGUUUUCAUUUGGAUUCUCCUACUGCUGAUACUGAUCAUUAUCGUACCGUUUAUUGCAGUUUGCUAUUGCUGUUUCUGUUGUUGCAAACGCUGUCGCCAGGGCUGUCCGCCUUGCACCAGCAAACAGGAUGCCCAAAGGCGCUUCUGCUGCGGCAUAUGUCUCCUGCUCCUUAUGAUUGGACUGAUCUUUGGCAUCAUCAUUGCCUUUGUUACCAACAAAAUGCUGGAUGACGGUUUCAAUGAGACCGACAAUACAAUGAAACGCGGCGGCGAGGAUACCUGCACCUAUCUGAAGGAUGUGUCCGCUCAUGUCAACCAUUUGAUGGUAUACAACUACGAGGAACUCGAGACCCAUGUUUCCGAUCAGCUAACACAUGCCCCAAAUCACAUAUUUUUGGAUUUAACCGACACAUCACAGAGUUCUUCAUUGGCCGAGCUGGAACGGGUACUGGAUAACAUGCCAGAGGCCCUAAUUCUAAUGAAGCAGGUUGAGAAGAUGCAAAAGGAUCUGCUCUUCUUUGGCUCACAGUUGAGAGACGGCGUCCGCGGCAUGAAACGUGAUAUCAACUUUGCCGUGGCCAAUCUCUGUCAGGUGCAGAUAUGCCAGAAGUUCCUCGUCAGCAGCGAUAUCGAGCGUAUUGAUGCCUCGCCGUGUCUGCACUUUGAUGGGCUACCCAAUACCGGAGAAUAUAUUGCUGGCAUGCAGAAGGUCAUUGACACGGAUUAUAGCGCGAUAGCCAAGAGAGGCCUCGUUCGUUUGAGCGAGAUCAAGGGAAUGAUUGAGAAGCAAAUGGCAUUUAUGGUGCCGCCCAUUAUGCGUGAUCUUAGCAAGGGCAAGGCUGUCUUUCAGCAGCAGGCCACCACUGUUCGCAAUGUUGUCGACGCCGUGCUGAGUGAUAUACAUCAGAAGACAGCGAGUUCGGCCAAGUCCUUUGAUGAUGUUUACACGAGAUUUGGCCCGGAUCGCAGCCUAAUUAGCCUGCUUGUUGUGUUGAUCAUUUUUCUGAUUUUGUUCAUAUUGGUUUGGGCUUUGCUUUGCGGCUGCUUUGGACGACGACGCAGUGGUUAUGGCGACGAGUGCUGCAGCAAGUCCACCGGCGCCACUUGCCUCCUAAUAGCCAUCAUGAUCAUAUUCUGCGUUUUUUCAUUCAUUUGCCUCGUUGGUCUGUUUUACUUUGUUAUUGGAAUGGUGACCUAUCAGGGCGCCUGUGCCCCAUUGCGGGAUCUCCAGAGCAACUCGAUAUUCCGGCAGCUGGAUGCUGCCAUUGAUGUGAAUCGCUAUUUGCCGGCUAUGGCAAAAGCAAAUUCCGAUGGUGACACGCCGCCAAUGAAAAUGUCGAGUGCUUUGAGUUCGUGCAACGCCAACGAGACUGUGUUUGCGAUGAUGCGAAAGCAUAACAUCUACGAUGUCAGCGAAAUGACGCGCCACAAGGUGAUUUCCCAGGAUAAAAGUACGGCUCGCAUCUUCGACGAAGAUCUGUCGCAAGUGAAACUGCUUGAAACGCAGGAUCGUGAUAAGCUGAACCAAUUGGCCGACAACAAGCUGGGCGAGUAUCAUAGCUCCCUGUACACGCCCAGUCUGUGCACCAAAUUCACUCCUAUGAACCUCAUUGCUCUCUCCGAGCAGCUGUCGACCCUUUCCAAUGAUCUCGAGUAUCCUGCCUAUGGUUGGGCGAAGGUCUCGUUUUGGAAUGAGGGCCUCAACGCUAAGGCUUUCCACCGCAACUUUGUGCCGAAGUUGACCAAUCUUGUGGACAAGAUGAAGGCCAAUUUAAAGAAGAUCGACGAGUUGAUUGCGUACAACAAUCAUGACUUUGGCACCUCCAUCAAGAUGCUCACUGCGACGGUUGUCACCUCCGAGCAAUUUAUACAGACGCGCGGCAAGGACUACAUCAAUACGCUGGGCUCUAGUCUGACGUGGAGUAUCGAGGAGGAAAUAGAUAACUAUGUACGAAUGGUCACGCGGGAGGCUGAAGAGAAUGUGGGACACUGCGCGCCACUGGGUUAUAUUUACCGGCGUGGCGUUGAUCUGAUCUGUCACCGUUUGGUUGAUCCAAUUAAUGGCUACUGGGUGGGCAUCUUGCUCUGCGCUCUUCUCUUCCUACCCAUCCUCUAUGUGGCCCAUCGCCUGAUGUGCCUAUACAAGAAGAUCUAUCCGUAUCUAGCUACCGUGGGAGUUCCCGUCGAGGGCGGCAGCGACUAUCUUUACGACGCUUAUAGUGAGCGUGAGCGUGAGCAUGUUCCAUUGGCAAAUGUACCCAAGAAGCGACGCAAGGCCUAUGAGCGGCGGCAUCGGGAGCAGCAGGAAUACUAUGAGGACGCUUCGCCCAGUGUGUCGCGGGGAAAUCGCUCUGGUGGUGACCGCGGCGGCGGCGGAGGUGGCGGAAGCGGCGAUGGCGCUCCAGGUAGUAGCAGCAUGCGCUACAACGACAUGGCACCAACGCACUGGGAUCACGAGCCGCCGCGCUACCACAAUCCGCCAGCAGCGCCGCCAUCCUCGGAGUACGAGCGUCCGCCACCCUACUAUUACCCCGGGGCAUCCGAGCAGGACUAGAGAGUAAAGGAAUGAGUUGAGAGGUGGCAACAUGGAUGACGAUUAUGAUUUGAACCCAAACCCUCACCUAUCCCCCUUACACUGAGACUGUACUUUUAGUUAAAAAGCGUAAACAAAAGCAUAACUGAAAUUAUAUAAUUUAAUUAAGUAGUACUGUAGCAUCACAAAUGUGUUAUAUAUAAAUAUUUGCCAUUGACCUACAGAGGGUAAUGAUAAGUGCGAAACUCUGAAGUUCUCUCAAAUAUCAUUUCAUAAUUUUGUAUGUACUUUGAAAAUGUUGCCAAAAGACGACGACGAUGAUGACGACGAGCACUUAGACGUGGACAGAAUCAAUAGAUGAACGCAUUAAAUGGUAAAGAGAUGCAAAGACGACCAUCUAUGUAGAGAAGGUCGAGCGGCACAGGCGUCGGAUCUGAUGAGUCAACCUUGAAGGAUUUGGGCAUUCGCCGGGCCGCACGGCUGCUGAAGCUUUAAGGAAUCUCAUAAUUUUAUUAUGCACGACGAGGAAAAAAAGAAAGCAAAUAUCUAGCAAGCAAGCAAAACUACAUAAAUAACCGAUCAAAAAAGAACACUCCAUGGAAUCUGUAGAACUUCCAGCAAAUCAAAACCGACGAAAAAUGGAAAAGCAAAACAAGAAAGAAAAAAAUAUUUGAUCAAUACCAAAACUGCCAUUUUAAUUUAGAAAAAGAGUGCAGUACCGAGGAGUUGAGAGUUAUUCAAUGCAUUUAAUGUAUUAAUUUUAGAAAGAAAAUUGAAAACAUAAAAACAUAAAAAAAACCAACACGCAACUCUCAUUGAUACCAAUUCAAAUGCAAACAAAUAAACUGGAAAAUAAUACGGAUACCAGCAAGUAUCCUUAACACGUUGUCAUAGUUUAGUAAGUGAAAACCAAAAGCAUGAGAUACAAAAUCUAAGAAAGCAACCCCGUAAGCAUUUAAACGUUUCCCCAAUUGUAUUGUCUAGGACCUAAGGCAACCUAAACCAUACAGGAGCAUAUUGUACGGAUUACACACAAAAAUUACAUACAUUUUAGUAUUAUUAUUAUUAUUAUAAAUAAGCGUGUAUGUUGUAUUUUACGUACAUUAAAUGAUUUCCGCUUAAGUCUAAAAUAAAGUCAACUAACCAAUGUAUCAAUAUAUUGCCCCGUGCAAGUAAAGAAAUUAUCACCUAAGAUCCUCAAGAAGAAAACACACAAGAAAACCAAAAACUGAAAACCCAAGCCAGUUGCCAGUCAAUCAUCGGGCUCCGUUGAUGGUUGUCUCUGUUGUUUGCAAACAUUUAUGUCAAUAAACUUCAAGUGGUUUUAUGUAA